CCAUUGGUUCAUUGGCUCAGUCGAUUGCUGUCGUCCUUUGCCUAUCCACGCCUCCCAUCCCAACUCCCUCCCUGUCCAACAUGCACGCAGAAAGACACGGCGCACACACUGCCAUGCACAUGGAUGGACACACAGAGACACGUACAACCACACGAACCACACUGCCAGGUCAGCGGUAGAGCCGCUUAUCGGGCCACAAUCUGAAUGCAUUCAUUGUGUUCACCAACAUGGAUCGAUAAAUACAUCCCCCCUGCGCGGAUUGAAAGCUCCCAGUGCACUGCCAGCCAGCUUUGAGUCACAUUACAGACACGCACACACAAUGGCAACAACCAACAUAGAAAUCUCAACCACCCCAUUUAGAUGCAGCACCCUUCGCUCUCUCGUAUAUGCUCACGCACAUGCAUAGACACACAAACGCAUGGACGAAUUCUCUCCUCUCUUGUCUGAGAGCCCCACAUGCACUCACUCACUGCACGCACACACAUGGUUCAUGCCGUGUGGUAAGCCAAGGAACUUCCUCACCCCAACAAUAUAAUGCGAUGGUAGUGACCCGACGCAUACACGCACAAUACUCUGUGUGUGUGUGUGUGUGUGAAUAUAUAGGUUGUGCAUAGGUAGACUACAUGUGGGCCUCUCUCGUUUGUGCAUCAAUCCAUCCAUCCAUUCAGGGGUUGAGUCGAUUGCUGUCGUCCUUUCCCUCACCCAUCCCUCACUCAUACUGCGUUCAUUCAUGCGCUCAGAUAGGAUAGGCGCGUGGUGCUCACUGCCACGCACAUGGAUGAUAAACACAUCCCCCCUCCUCUUUCUUCGCAUUAUUGUGAUACAUAUAUCCCCUUCGAAGCGUGCAUCCGGAUUGAAAGCCCCCAGUGCACCGACCGUCACACACGACACGCAACAGCAUCUCACCCACCACACAACACCGCUCCCCACCACCAGGUUUAGAACAGCCCAGUGGUUGGCUGAUGCCAGCAGAUGCAGCACCGCUCUCUCGUAGACGCUUACCCACACGUACACACAUACAUAAACGCAUGGACGAAUUCUCUCCUCUCCUCUCUUGUCUGAGAGCCCCACAUGCACUCGCUGCACGCACACACAUGGUGGGGUUGAGCUAAGAAACUUCCCCACCCCAACAAUACAAUGUGAUGGUGGUGACCCAACACGUACACCCACAUAAGACAGAUACACGGAGGGUGAUCGAGAAGAGCAGCGAGCAACGGAGACAGACACACAGGCAUGGACAUCAUGUACGUGCUGGGAAAAAAGCCAGAUUUGCUCUCUUAGAUACGAUCCCAGGCAGGGCCAAUAAAAUCUCACUCUCAACCCCAUUGGUCGGUCAAUCCUCUCAUGUGUGUCGUGCUAUCAUAUAUGCGCAAAAACGGGCGCCGAACACACAAGCCCCCGACAUACAAGCGAAGCUCAUACAAGCUCACAGCACCAUCCCUCCGUGAAUAGCUAUGCUCACGCUUUGCCUUUCCCGAAAGAGCGGUGCAGCACGCACGCCAAGUACCAAACAAAUCAGCCCUUCCUGGAUGGAUGGAUUAGCCAAACAGCACACAGCUCAUGAAGCGCACGCGCACAUGUGUAGACGACGCACACGGGCCCGAAAUACAACCAGAGGGGAGCGACAUGUGUGUGUCUACCGGUGUACGUAAUGGUAGAGGGGUGAGUCAGAGCAGCAGCGAGCAAACGGAGACAGACAGACAGACAGGCAGACAGGCAGACAGGCAGACAGGCAGACAGGCAGACAGGCAGACAGGCAGACAGGCACACGCACGCAGAUGCGUGCGGACACACGGAAGACACUCGGUGGACAACAAACCGCAGAGGGACAAUCAAAACGAAACACUCAGUGUACUACCACACACUCACCCACACGGAGGCGUUGCACGCCAGUAGAAAAACACACACCACACGCACAAGCCGGGCAGCCACAAAACCGACACCCACCACACGGCCCGCCCCCCUCUGCCCAGCAAGCAGCACGUGCAGAAGCAGGCCAGCUUUGGGGGGGCAUUUCAUGCAUUAUAUUCUGCUGAGGUCGCGCCCGAACAUUCUGCUCUUCAUCCAGUCGAAGAGGACCAACACCCGGUUGCGCAGGCUCACCUGCUUGACGAAGUACACCGAGCGCCACAGGUAGAAGCCGGCCUGGCCUGACGCCUUGAUCAGGUCCAAAUCGUUCGCCUUAACACACACAUACACACACACACAGAGAGAGAGAGAGAGAGGGAGAGAGAUGUGGGUAGUGGAUGUGCUCUCUCUGGCUGGCCGCGUCCGUAUCGUCACUCACCCACCUGUAUGUGUGCGAGUCCCUUGUCGUUGCCCAGAUAGGCCAGCAUGCCGUAGUUGAAGAACCUGAAGGGGUCGGCCUCGCGCUUGCCCAGGGUGCGCAAAAGGUUGAAGGUCUUCCUCACGCCUCCUCCGUUGUCGCCAUUGUCGCCAUUGUUGUCGUCGGUCUGCACGGGUGGCUGGUUGUCGGGCGUGCUCAUGUCGUACCCUCUGUUCAGCAUGCGCGCCAGGUAAUGACCUUGCUGUGACGCCACCUGCAACCGCAACACAGAGGCGAUUGGUUUGUGUGAGUGAGGGUUGGCCUUUGAUCUCUCCCACCCACGCAGCCGCCAACGCACCUGUGCUGUUUGUGGCAGGAUUGGUUCCAUCUUGGUGCAGUCGCCCAUGGCGAGGAUGCUGCCGUUGGUGCCGUAGACGCGAAGCCACGGGUCGAUCGUCAGCUUCUUGGAACGGGACGUCCUGAGUGGAUGACGGGAGAGAGCACAUUAGAUACCAUGCCGUGUGUGACCUGGUGGCUCACAUUUCCGCCUGCACAGGCACUUUCUCGAUCAGGCGCCUGAUGGAAGAGGGCCAGAACAGUGCAGUGAGUAUCUGUCCAUCCAUCAGGUGUACAUGUUCCCUCCCGCCCCGCCCACUCGGUGAUGUUCCUGGGCCCCGUGCCAGCCGUCCAGACGGCCAGACCAUACGGCAGCUCCGUCCCAUUCUGAAUCAACGACGCCAGUCAGGCAGGCAGGCAGGCAGGAGUGGGAAGAUGUAUUGCUGGGUUUGGUGUGCUAUACUUCACGUACGUUGAGUGUCAUCGAGUAGGGGCCCACUGCGUUGACUCUCGUCUCCAACGCCACCUCCACCCCGGCAUUCUGCACACAAUGCAUCCAUCCAUGCGCACAGGCAGGCAAUUCAGGCGUGUGUGUGUAGGCUGCGUGUGGUCUUCCUUAUCGGGUUGCUCACGGUGAUGACGUUAAGGCCGACGGACCGCAGGGACUCCUCGAAGACGGGCAGGAUGGUUGGACCCGAUUGAAUCAUCACCACACGCGCCAACGACUUGAGCCUGCAACACAUACAAUGCACACACAGAACGGACGGACGUGUGUCAGGUACACACACGCAUGGGUGGAGGAGGGGAGCUGGCUGACUUUGGGUAAAGUGUCUUGAAUUCGGUCGAGAGCAGGUCAUACAACUCGCCACAAAACUCCACACCAGUGGGCUGAAGAUGCAGACAGACAGACAGACAGACAGACAGCACAAUGGUCAGCGUCGUCGGUGUGAAUGCUAUGCUUCCAUGAGUGCCUUUGCGCGUACCCCGCCUUCACACACGACAAAUGUCAGGAUGCGCCGCUUCUCCUCUUCUGUCACCUCAGGGAUGUUCGCACUAACCAAAAACCACCAGCAACGAUGGGAAAUGUGCACGUCUUGGUCCUUCUCUGUCCCACCGACCGUUCGAAUCUGUCCUGCACCGCACUUCUGAGCCUGCGGGCGUCGUCCACCUCCUUGAGGAAGUAGCAGUUCUCAUACACGCCCUUGACGCCGAACGAUGACGACUUGACGCCCGGCGAGAAGACCAGCAUGUCGUACGGCACGUUCAGGUCAAUCUUGCUGCCUGGGAGAUGCAUGGUAGACGCUUCAGGAGCGUCCUGGGUUUGUGGGUGGGUGUGAGAGUUGGUGCCUGACCGUCAUUUGUCUGCAUUCUGGUCCUCAUACGGAUGGUCCUGUUCUCAGGGAAGAUAUCCGUGGCCUCACCUGACCAGUGACCAUACCACAUGCAGCAGAGCAGCACACGCGUGCGCUAGCAAUCGGUGUAUGCAUGUCACUGACCCUCAAAAUAACUGGCGUAUGGGUUUGCUUUUCUCAUCGGUUCAGUUAUGGAUCGAUACUCUACUGUGCCCACACUCGCAGCGGCCAACAGCGGGGUGAAAAGGAAGUAGUUGCGAGGCGAUAUGAUGACAACAUCAAACCUGACACACACGCAUAGACACACACGUGUGGCGGCCGGCAGGCAGGCGUGUUAUGGGUCGGUCUCACUUGUCAGUGUCGAUUGACUUGAUGAAUGCGUGUGAGGACCAUCCGGACCCAAUCACCACUAUUCGGUGCUUGCGCGGCCCCUUCACAUCACCCAACUCAUCCUCUGACCUGAACAAGGAUUCCGAGCAGGAAGGAAGCAAGAUGUGUGAGCCGUCUGCAUGGCUGCUUUCUGACCUAAGCUGUCUGCUCCAGAAGAGCGACGCGUCUUCAACCGUGUCCAGCACUGCAACGAGCACGCACACACACACACACACACACAGAGAGAGAGAGAGAGAGAGUCACUGCGCAGCCAGUCACGAGCAGAUGACAAAAACAACUUACAUGAGGUGCCCACUUCGUCCACCAAUGCCAUCACGCUCUCCUGCAUUCACAAGCAGCCAUCAGCUUUAGCUGUGGGCAGGCGCAACACCUGCCCACCUGCCUCCUUCUGUUGUCCUCGGUUGUGUCCAGGCCCCUCCCUCGCUCAUCAGGGAUUCGUAUCUUGGUCUUUUCCGGCCGGGUCUUGAUCUCCUGCAUGUGCAUUGGUGCUGUGGCCCUGUGCGAGAAGAUGCGCCUGUAGCAGCCGGCGGGUGACGAGCGCUGAGUGACGUGGUGAGUGAUGAAUGAGGGACUCCUGGAGACUGCAUCUGAGCUGCUGACGAUGCAGGCGAGUCCUGCCAAGAUCGAUGCUGUCUGCGUCGUCGGCCACCACAUCCCUGCUGCUUUGGCCUUGGGCAGCCUUGGUAAGCGUGUCCCAAAAUCAGCCGCGCAGAACCGUCUGUAAACGCUCAGGUAUACGAUGGAUUCACAACAUGCGGAACGACAUGAUCUGGAUCUCCAUCACUACAGAAGCGCCUCCGCAG